CACCAAAGAAGCAGAAGCAGAGCGAAGAAGAGGGAGGUCGUUUGGUGCAGGUAAACAGUAUCAGAGUGAGACCUCUCUUUGUGAUCUCUGCAAGCUAAGGACACUAGCUCCGGUGUGUUCGAGUGACAGCGUCUCUACGCUUCUGUGUUUUAUUUAGUCUCACUGAUCUGUCAGCUUGAAACCAACACACAAUGUUUGCCGUCCGAAACGCUCUCCGCCUCGGCUCCAGGCUGUCCGUCCCCGCGGUGGCGAGGAGAGGCUGCGCCGGUGCUGCUGCCAUCCCGGUGGACGACGUGGUGAACGGACUCACCGAUGACCAGAUACAGCUCAGGCAGACGGUUCGUAAAUUCUGUGCAGAAAAGAUUGGGCCUCAAGCAAACGAGAUCGACAAGACGAAUGAGUUUCCAGGAAUGCGGGAGUUUUGGAAAGACAUGGGGGAGAUGGGACUCCUUGGGAUCACUGCUCCAGAGGAGUAUGGCGGCACAGGUUUGGGCUACCUUGAGCAUGUAAUUGUGAUGGAGGAAAUGUCACGCGUGUCAGCAGCCAUCGCUCUAAGUUACGGCGCCCACUCUAACCUCUGUGUCAACCAGAUGGUACGCCACGGCAACGUGAAACAGAAGGAGAAGUACAUGCCAAAGUUAAUGACAGGAGAGCACGUAGGAGCCCUGGCCAUGAGUGAGCCCAAUUCCGGCUCUGAUGUCGUAUCCAUGAAACUCACAGCCAAGAAGCAAGGCGACUACUAUGUUCUGAACGGCAACAAGUUCUGGAUCACAAACGGGCCAGAUGCCGACAUCAUUAUUGUUUAUGCAAAGACAGAUCCCGAGGCCUAUCAAAAAGGCAUCACAGCUUUCAUUGUUGAAAAGGGAAUGCCUGGAUUCUCUACGGCACAGAAGCUCGACAAACUGGGCAUGAGGGGCUCCAACACCUGCGAGCUGCUCUUUGAAGACUGCAAAAUCCCAGAGGAGAACAUCCUUGGUCCGUUGAACAAAGGCGUUUAUGUGAUGAUGAGCGGCUUAGAUCUGGAGAGGCUGGUGCUUGCGUCAGGACCUGUAGGCAUCAUGCAGGCAGUGUUGGACAACGCUGUUCCCUACCUGCACAUCAGAGAAGCUUUCGGACAGAAGAUCGGACACUUUCAGCUAAUGCAAGGCAAGAUGGCUGACAUGUACACCAGGCUGAGCUCCUGUCGGCAGUAUUUGUACAAUGUCGCCCGCGCUUGUGACAAAGGACAUUUUAGUUCAAUGGACUGUGCCGGAGUGAUCCUGUACUGUGCGGAGAACGCCACCCAGGUUGCUUUGGAUGGCAUUCAGUGUUUGGGUGGGAACGGCUACAUCAACGACUACCCCAUGGGGCGUUUCUUGCGCGAUGCUAAGCUGUAUGAAAUCGGCGCCGGCACAAGUGAAGUCCGCCGGCUCAUUAUCGGACGAGCCUUCAACUCCAUGUACAAAUAAUCAGAAGUGAGAAAUGGCGAUCGCUAAAGACUGUCAUGAGUUGUCUGCCGUGGAUGAACACAGUUACUCACACCCUGGGCCUUAUACUGUAGGAACUGCUGCUGCUGGUGGGAUGUUGUUGGAUUAUCACAUGUUUGAGAAUCAUUGACACACGGGAUGUUGAUUCAUAGAUAUAUAUACAGUAUAUAAAUACAUGAAAUCACAGUCGACAAAGAUGUUACCACGUGAUACCAACGCUGUUAUACUAUUGGCUCACAAGCCUUGUUAGAAGUGGGAACCAAACGUCAGAUAUCUUCCACAGAGA